UCCCCACGAGGGUGUUCCGUCAUUCACUAGAAAACUCCAUCGGUACAAGGAGGACCACUGCAAUAUUCCCACGACCAUAUCUACUUUCAUCAAGCAUGUCUUACUGUAAAGUUAUCCCCGCAUUGGGCAGAGUAAAGCCGGGUCAGUUGUUGGGCUCGAGGCUUCGGUCCACGGUAGCAUCCACGCAGCACAAAGAGCUGAAGACGGAAGACAGGCUGGACCCGAGCUGUACUGUCGUGGAGAAGCCCUGCGAUGUGGACCUCAUCAGCGGGAAAGCGCACGCGGACAGCCAGAAGAUCUUCGUGGACUUCGACAACACACAAGAAGCCUAUAAGAGCAAAGACACACUGGAGCUGCUCAGAAGCCUGCUGGUGUUCAAACUCUGCACCUUUGACUUCCUGGUCGACAAAAAUAAAGAGCUGAUGGACCUCAGUAAAAAGGUUUUUGGCCAGCGGGUCUUCGAGAAACUAAUGAAAAUGACCUUCUACGGUCAGUUCGUUGCGGGUGAGGACCAGAACUCCAUUAAACCUCUGAUUAAGAAGAACCAGGCGUUUGGCGUGGGCUCGGUUCUGGACUACAGCGUAGAGGAGGACCUGACCCAAGAAGAGGCUGAGAAGAAGGAGAUGGAUUCCUGUGUUUCUGAGGCUGAGAAAGAGAGUCAUGUGAACAGCUGUGCAAGCUUGCCUCAGGAGGACCAUGAGUGUAUGGAUCAUCGUGAGAAAAAGUACAAAGCCCAUCGGCAGUUUGGAGAUCGGCGUGGAGGAGUGAUCAGCGCUCGUACGUAUUUCUACGCAGAUGAAGCCAAGUGUGACCAUCACAUGGAGACAUUCAUCAACUGCAUUAAAGCUUCUGCUGGAAGCUCUGUCGAUGGAUUCUCGGCCAUUAAGAUGACCGCACUGGGCCGGCCGCAGUUCCUGCUUCAGUUCUCUGAAGUGCUGGUGAAGUGGAGGAGGUUCUUCAACCUGUUGGCCUCCCAUCAGGGGAAAGACGGCAUGGCAAUACUCGAGCAGAAGCUAGAACUUCAGCAACUGCAGGACAGUUUGAUCAAACUGGGAGUAGGUGCUAAAUCAGACGUUGAAAACUGGUUUACUGGAGAGAAAUUGGGUUCAUCAGGAACCAUUGAUCUGUUGGACUGGAACAGUCUCAUCAAUGACCGAACCAAAAUCUCUAACCUGCUUGUGGUUCCUAACAUGGAGAGUGGUCACCUGGAGCCUCUGUUGAGCAAAUUCACUGAUGAAGAGGAGAAACAGAUGAAGAGGAUGCUACAGAGAAUGGACGUCCUAGCCAAGCACGCUGUGGAGAACGGCGUGAGGCUGAUGGUGGACGCAGAACAGACGUAUUUCCAGCCGGCCAUUAGCAGACUGACCCUGGAGAUGCAAAGGAUCUUCAACAGAGAAAAACCCAACAUCUUCAACACCUACCAGUGCUACCUUAAAGAAGCAUAUGAUAACGUAUCUGUGGAUGUGGAGCUGUCGCGUCGGGAGGGCUGGUACUUCGGCGCUAAGCUGGUCAGAGGAGCGUACAUGUAUCAGGAGAGGACUCGGGCGGCAGAGAUUGGCUACGAAGACCCCAUCAACCCCGACUAUGAGGCCACCAACAGGAUGUACCACAAGUGUCUGGAGUUCAUUCUGGAGGAGAUUAAUCUCAACAGGAUGGCCAACGUCAUGGUGGCGUCUCACAAUGAGGACACGGUCAAAUUCACACUGGAGAAGAUGAACGAGAUGAGUCUCUCUCCCACUGAGAAUAAGGUUUACUUUGGACAGCUGCUGGGAAUGUGCGACCAGAUCAGCUUCCCGUUGGGUCAGGCAGGAUUCCCGGUUUACAAGUAUGUUCCCUACGGUCCCGUGAACGAGGUCAUCCCAUACCUGUCACGCCGAGCGCAGGAGAACCGCGGCUUCAUGAAGGGUUCGCAAAGAGAACGCAGUCUGCUGUGGAAAGAGAUCCAGCGCAGACUCUUCAAUGGACAACUGCUCUACAGACCUGCGUACUAAAACACACACACACACACAUGUAUUUGAAAUAUGGACCCCCUCGCCCUACCGGGCAGCUCAACCAUGUGGGCAUGGGGAACUCAUCACAAAAUGGACAUUAAUACAUUCUAUAGGUGUCAUAGUUUGUGUACAUCAGUGGCUGUAAAAUGAACUAGAGUUAAAGACAACAUGAAAUCGCUUUUGCAAUAUAUUUAACGUUUGUGAUGGGACACGAAACAGAAUUCAGAGGGAAAUAAUGUAAGACAAGUUAAUCUAAUGAAAAGCAAAAAUUUAUAAAUAAGUUAAUUGUUUAAAAAUAUAUUUUGAAUUACAUUAAGCAUUUAACUGUUAAAUUAUCUGAUGCAAAGCAAACACUUAGGAUAUUUUUAUUUAUUUAUUUAUUUCUAUUUAUCCCAUAAAACCCAUUAUCCAAUGAAAAGUAAAUAUAUAAUAUAUUUGUUUAAAUAUAUAUUAUAUUUUUUUAUUUUAUUGUAUUCCUCAUAAGCCAUUAUCAGAUGAAAAGCAAACAUUUAAAAAUAUAUUAUAUUUGAGUUUAUUAAACAACGUGAAACAAAGGUCAGUGGAAAAUAAUAUAGGAUAUUGGGUGAGAUAAGUUAGUUAAGUCACAUGUUUAGUUACAUGAACAGAGCAGAUGGUUAAGUCAGGUCGGAUAUGGAGAAAGUUUGGGACAGUUACUAAGAUUGUAAAUUGAAUUUGUUAAAUGUUGUCUUUAAAUCAGCUCUUAAUCAUUCCACUGUCUUUACAUCUCUGUGCCGUCAGCUGCUCAACACUGGUUAUGUUUGGAGUAGCUUACGACCACGUUUUGGCCAUUAUCGCCUGAAUGUAAACUACAAAAACUCCAGUUUCGUCUAUAGGUGUUUUAUAGUCUGUAGUCUAUAGGCAUGUAAUCUUGUUCUGCAAAGUGACAUCGCCAUCUGCUGGCCUGGCUGCAUAAUAACUUUUCAAAAAACUCAAAACUUUUCAGUUCUCAUGUAAAGUACCCUAUGUUGGAGUUAUGCCCAGAGACUGUAUCCGACACAUUGCUAGAGUGACAGCUGAACCAAUAUCAGGAGCGCUUCCUGGAUUUUAAAGUUUGGUAAAUAAAAUAUAGUUAAUUUGACCAAGCCAUUAUAAUAAAGGCUUUUUAACUUUUCAACUUGAGUGUGCCUUGGAGUUCUCUUGCUUUAUACAUCAAUAUUAUCAUUGAAUAUUAAAUUGAAUGUCCCCAACUAAGCAAGCCAAUGGCAACGAAGUUGGAAAAAGGUGACACACCGGUAUGGAGACGGGUUUGUUGAGGAUCAGUGCUGAUGGCUGUCGUGCCGAUGAGGUCUUCACUGGGGAGUCUAGUUGACACAAAAUUUCUGCUGACACUUCAGGGAUGCGUUGUGGUCAUGUCUAGGCGCAGGUCCGCCAUCUGGUCUGGAUAUGGCCUGGAUCCGGCUGAUUACUGUAAACCUUGGAAUAAGCAGAAACACUAACAUUAGCAUAGAUGCCAUUCUUCUUAUGAUGUAACGGGUACAUCGGGCGUUAUAGGAAGUGUCCACGGUUCCGGAUGACCUAAUCUAUGCAGCCUAGUAAUCAUUGAACUAAUUUGAAUAAUAGCAAUGUAUAAUGUUUUAUGUGUAUGCCAGGUUAAAGAGAGUUUUGUUUUUAGUCUAGAUUUAAGCUGACAGAGUGUGUCUGCUUCCUGAACAAUGUUAGGGAGACUGUUCCAGAGUUUAUGUGGUAAAUAGGAAGAUCUACCGCCAGCAGUUGAUUUUGAUAUUCUAGAUAUUGUCAACUGGCCAGAGUUUUGAGAUCACAAUAGACGUGAAGGACUUAUGCGUAUCAGUAUUUCAUUAAGCUGUUGACUUUGACGUACAUUUUUUUUUUUUGUAACAUAGUUGAUAGACAUUUAAUUAUAAUGAUAUGGUGGUAUACUUUUAACAGACCGGUUAAAUGCAUUUUAGCACUGGGUAUUCUGUUCAGUGUAUUACUCUGAUGUAAAUUUAGUUGUUUUUCUUUUGCUCAUUUUAAAAACUACUUCAAUGUAAGUUUGGGUUUGAAUUUAAUGAGUAUUUCGAUGAAGUUUGCAUUUGAAUCUUUCAGUUGUUUUGAAAUAUUUACUGCUCUUUUAUCAUGUAAUAAUGAAAUGUGGCUGAUUUUAGACACUUUGCACUUUUAGAUGAAUUUAGAUGACUGUAAAUGAACAUUUCUUAAAUAAAAAUAAAAUUUUACAUCAAA